AUGCCUCGAGAUCCGCUGAUCGGGCUGGUGGGAAAGCCGUCUAGUGGAAAGUCCACAACAUUAAACAGCUUGACUGAUGCGACUUCAAAAGUCGGAAACUUCCCCUUUACGACCAUUGACCCUCAGCGCGCCAUUGGAUACCUUCAGAUUGACUGCCCAUGCCAGCGACACAAUGUUUCAGAUCGGUGCCAGCCCAAUUAUGGAGGUUGUCAUGAAGGGCGGCGCUCUGUGCCCAUUGAGUUGCUAGAUGUCGCAGGUCUUGUGCCAGGGGCUCACCAAGGUCGCGGACUUGGUAAUAAGUUCUUGGACGACCUGCGUCAUGCCGAUGCUCUGAUCCAUGUUGUGGAUGUGAGCGGGACCACGGACGCUGAAGGAAAGGCUACCCGAGGAUAUGAUCCAUCAGUGGAUAUUGAGUGGUUGCGAUCAGAGAUCGUGCGAUGGGUGCUAGGAAACUUGAUGGAGAAAUGGGGAUCUAUCAAGAGGAGACACCAAGCGUUGAAGGCAAACGCCGUCGAUACAUUGCAGAAACAGUUUGCCGGUUACGGAAGUACCCAGGCCACCGUUGCACGAUUUAUGGAUAAACUUGCUCUUAAAGAGCCUUUGGAAGACUGGUCAGACGAGACGGUAGAGAUUGUUGUUAAUGCUUUCAUUGAUGAGAAAUUCCCUACGGUCUUUGCUUUGAACAAGAUCGACCACCCAGAUGCAGACAAGAACAUCAGCAAAAUUGCGAAGAUGCAAGAUCCUCAAAGCAUCGUGCUUUGCUCCGCUAUAUCUGAGGUUUUCCUCCGAAGGUUGGCCAAGCAGAAAUAUAUCAAUUAUGUCGAAGGCAGCGAGUUCGUCGACAUGCGGGAAGAUUUGAUCGAAAUGGGGGAUCCGGAUGGCGGAGGCCUCAAGGAGAUGGACGAGAAAUUAAAAACGCGUGUUGAGAACUUGAAAGACCUGGUGCUGUAUCGAUUUGGAUCUACUGGAGUGGUCCAAUGUCUUUCCCGAGCCGCAGAGCUUCUGGGCCUUGUGCCAGUGUUCCCUGUCCGAAAUGUCGCAACAUUCAACUCUGGCGCUGGAACUGCGGUGUUCCGCGACUGCGUUUUGGUCAAUAAAAACAGUACUGUCGGCGAUGUUGCCCGGAAGGUGAUGGGUGAUGUGACUAUCAGCUACAUCGAAGGAGUGGGCGGAACACGAGUCUCUGAGGAUGACAUUGUGACAGUUGGGAAAAAUGAUAUCCUAUCCUUCAAGGUUGGCCGGUAG